CAUCCCCGCAUUAAACACCCAAAUAUCCUUUCGAAUUUACCCCAUUUUUCCCCCCUUCUUUCAGAGGAUUGACCCGAAAUCUAUUUCCGGCCACCGCCCCAAUUUCAAUCGCUCCUCCCUAUUCCGCCGUCAGUGUGGGUUGGAGAUCUGCUGGUACUGACCAAGGGUAUUUACUCUGAUUAGGUUAUAGCAACCACAAAAGAGCUUUGAAGGUGGUCUUGAUUAACUUAUGGCGUCGAAACGCAUAUUGAAGGAGCUCAAGGAUCUGCAGAAGGAUCCUCCAACAUCAUGCAGCGCUGGUCCCGUUGCAGAAGACAUGUUCCAUUGGCAAGCGACGAUCAUGGGGCCAACAGAUAGCCCUUAUGCGGGUGGUGUGUUCCUGGUUUCAAUUCAUUUCCCUCCCGAUUACCCUUUUAAGCCCCCUAAGGUUGCCUUUAGAACCAAGGUCUUUCACCCAAACAUCAACAGCAAUGGAAGUAUCUGCCUUGAUAUUCUUAAAGAGCAGUGGAGUCCAGCAUUGACCAUAUCUAAGGUCCUCUUGUCCAUCUGUUCUCUAUUGACGGAUCCAAACCCGGAUGAUCCACUCGUACCCGAAAUUGCUCACAUGUACAAGACUGACAGGGCCAAAUACGAGGCCACUGCUCGGAGCUGGACGCAAAAGUACGCAAUGGGAUAAAGGCGAAAUGCUACCGGGGAUGUCCUCCAAAUAUGUGUAACUUAUGUGUUUUUAAUUUUUCAUUAUUCUUGAUUCAAUAAGUUGUUCGCAAGGAACGUAGUAGUUUGUUCUUGUCCCAUUGCCCCCUGAUUUGAGGAGGCAGUGGUUAAUUGGUUAUGAAUCUUUUAAUUUGUGAAUAUAUUAAUAUUAAUUAGACAGAGAUUGAUGUAAGGGGAAACUGUAUUGUAAUGUCUACUUUGGUUUCAAGCUUUUUUUCACUUAAGUUUACAGAACAUCA